ACUCCCAAGUCUCAACUCCCCUCUCUCACAUCUCCACGGUUAGCGGUUAAUGGCUUGUCUCUCUGCAACUCAGCUCUACUCCCUCUCAUGGACGCUCUCCGCAAAACCCAGAACCCAAAACCCUAACUGUAGGCCAUUUUUGUUCAUUAAGUAUAGCAAUCGUACAAUUAGGUAUGUACCCAAUUCAAUUCACAGGCCUUCACGAGCUUCUGUUGGGUCUUCAUCAUGUGUUUCAACCGCAACGGAUGUCUCAGAGAAGUCACCGACUAUCCGAGAACUCUGUGAUGGUCACGUGCCAGAACAUAUACUGCGCAGGGUGGAAGAGGUUGGAUUUACUGUGCCUACAGAUGUGCAACGACAAGCUUUGCCAUUUCUGUUUUCUGGGCGUGAUUGUAUACUUCAUGCUCAGACAGGUUCUGGGAAGACCCUGGCAUACCUCCUAUCAAUCUUUUCAGUUGUCAACACUAAACGAUCAGCAGUGCAAGCACUUAUAGUGGUGCCCACCAGGGAACUUGGCACCCAAGUUACAAAAGUUGCUCGUAUGCUGGCUGCAAAACCUGCUGAGCUUGGAAUGGAGGCAUGCUCCAUUAUGGCUCUUCUAGAUGGAGGAAUGUUGGGAAGACAGAAGAGCUGGUUGAAGUCAGAGCCCCCUACAAUAGUGGUUGCAACUUUGGGGAGUUUGUGCCAAAUGCUUGAGAAGAAAAUUCUUAAGCUAGAAUCAAUGCGGGUGCUGGUAAUUGACGAGGUUGAUUUCAUGUUCAAUUCCUCAAAGCAAGUCAGUUCUCUCCGAAAGCUUUUGCUGUCAUACUCGUCAUGCAGCAAACGUCAGACUAUUUUUGCUAGUGCAUCAAUUCCCCAGCACAGACGGUUCGUGUAUGACUGCAUCCAACACAAAUGGACCAAGGCUGAUGCCGUUCACAUUCACGUAAACCCAGUUGAGCCAAUGCCAUCACGCCUGCAUCACAGAUUUGUGAUCUGUGGUAAAGAUGAAAGGCAUCAAGCCUUGCUAUCCUUGUUAAAAAGCGACAUGCCUCAGUCUGCUAUAAUUUUUGUCAGCGAGCAGUCUGAGAAGUCGAAGAGGGCAGGUCACACUCCUCCAACGACUCUUCUGAUUGAGUUUCUCAAGACUUCGUAUACUGGGUGUUCUGAUAUUCUUCUUUUAGAGGAAGACAUGAAUUUCAAUGUGCGAGCAGCUUCUUUUUCCGAAUUGAGACAAGGAGGAAGUUAUCUUCUCGUGUCGACAGAUUUGGCAGCCAGAGGCGUUGACCUUUCCGAGACAACCCACAUCUACAACUUUGUUCUGCCAAAAAAUGCGGUGGAUUACCUUCACCGAGCAGGGAGAGCCGGUAGGAGACCAUUCUCAGACAAGAAAUGUAUUGUUACCAGCAUUUUAACCUCCGAAGAGAGAUUUGUGUUGAAGAAAUUUGAAAAUGAAUUGAUGUUUGAGUGUGCAGAGGUGUUUUUGUAAAUUCAGUUGUAGUAUCCAUUUCAUGGUGUGUUAUCUUCACCCCUUGCUUCCUUCUUUUCUUCUUCAUUGUCCAUGCGUGUAUGUAAUUUUCUUUCUAGAAAAUACUCAAGGGCAAUGAUAUACAGAGUCACAGACGCAUCUACAAACGUGUUUGCAGUCGUCCGAUGGGUGCGAGUUCCAAGGGUAUCGUGUGGGCUCAUGUGCAUCAACGGCUCCAAACCCAAUGGUGCCUAGACCUCACCUCUCCAGCCACAUCUGGUCCGGUUAUCUAUGUCUGUAGCACUGCUAUUUUUUUCUUAGUUUUUAGUUGCCUCAGUUCCUUCUCAUGUUCUCAUUCAGCAAGUAGAGGCGGAUUGUUUUGGUAUUUUCGGGUUUUGCUUUCCAGUGCAUGUAUCUCUUUCACCAGUUCUAUGGCGAUCUUGAAUAUCAUAUUUCA